CUCCUCGCUUCCGGGUUCUUCUCUCUGGAGGUGGCGGCGGCGCAGCACCGAGCGGUUCGUCUUCUCAGUCCACACGGUUGUCCAGGAUGAACCGGGCGGGGAGGACCCGGCCGCUGCCCGGAGUCUGCUCACCGUGUCGGCCUCGUCUCUCUGGACCGUGACGGGACGUGGUGCUGUGUCUCCCCCCUUCACCCCCAGCGGCGGUGACUGAGCGAGCUAACUGAUGCUAACCGCUGCUAGCGGACGGUGUCGUGACAAACUGUCGGAGUGAAGUUCGAGAGGAAGAAAACAGAACAACAGAAAACAGACUCGUGAGAAGAGCGACAGGAAGUGAGCGGGAGGGAGAAGAUGGAGAACAAGGACAAAGUCCAGAUGAGGAUCCACCCCCCGCGGAGGCAGCUGAAGAAGCUGAGCGAGGACAGUCUCACCAAGCAGCCGGAGGAAGUGUUCGACGUCCUGGAGAAGUUGGGCGAAGGCUCGUACGGCAGCGUGUUCAAAGCGAACUAUAAAGAGACGGGCGAGAUCGUGGCCAUCAAGCAGGUUCCUGUGGAGUCGGACCUCCAGGAGAUCAUUAAAGAAAUCUCCAUCAUGCAGCAGUGCAACAGUCCUUACGUGGUGCGAUACUACGGCAGUUACUUCAAGAACAGUGACCUGUGGAUCGUCAUGGAAUAUUGUGGGGCUGGAUCCGUGUCGGACAUCAUCAGACUACGCAACAAGACGCUGACGGAGGAGGAGAUCGCCUCCAUCGUGCAGUCGACCCUGAAGGGUUUAGAGCAUCUCCACUUCAUGAGGAAGAUCCACAGAGACAUCAAGGCGGGAAACAUCCUGCUGAACUCGGAGGGUCAGGCCAAGCUGGCCGACUUCGGAGUCGCUGGACAACUCACAGACACGAUGGCGAAGAGGAACACGGUGAUCGGCACGCCGUUCUGGAUGGCUCCGGAGGUCAUUCAGGAGAUCGGCUACAACUGCGUGGCCGACAUCUGGUCUCUGGGCAUCACGGCGAUAGAGAUGGCCGAGGGGAAGCCGCCCUACGCCGACAUUCACCCCAUGAGGGCCAUCUUCAUGAUUCCCAACAACCCUCCUCCGACAUUUCGGAACCCGGACCUGUGGUCGCCAGCAUUCCAAGAAUUUGUCGGCCAGUGUCUGGUGAAGAACCCAGAGAACAGAGCGACGGCCACGCAACUGUUACAGCAUCCCUUCGUCAAGUCGGCCAAGUCCAGCUCCGUCCUGCGAGCGCUGAUCACAGACGCCAUGGAGAUCAAGCUGAAGAGAGAAGAGGAGGCGGAGCAGCGAGAGCAGGACGCAGAAGACGACGACAACUCGGACGAGGACGAGGUCGACCAGGGGACCAUGGUGCGGGCGGGGACGGGAGACUCCGCCACCAUCCGGGCCGGCGGCUCGUUGGCGGGCUCGCUGGGUGGGACGGCGCGGACCAUGAUCGAGCACGAGGACACGGGCACCAUGGUGCUGCAGCUGGGAACCAUGGUCAUCAACUCCGACAACGAGGACGAUGAAGAAGCCGGGACAAUGAAAAGGAGAGACGAGACGAUGCAGCCGACCAAACCGUCCUUCAUGGAAUUCUUUGAGCAGAAAGAGGAGGAGGCGAAGAGCCACAACGACGCCGGAGGACGAGGAGACAACAACGCAGACAACCGCAGACGGCCGGCUGACGGAGACCUGGAGGUGAUGAGCUCGUGGUCGGUGGAGGAACUGCGGCUGCGACUCGCCUCCCUCGACCCGAAGAUGGAGCAGGAGAUCGAGGAGAUCCGUCAGCGCUACCAGGCCAAGAGGCAGCCCAUCAUGGACGCCAUCGAGGCCAAGAAGCGCCGGCAGCAGAACUUCUGAGGGGGGGGGCGGAGCCUCUUGAGCUCGUCACGCCGGGCGGCUCCGCCUCUUCCUCUGCAGCAGAUCUGUGAAAUGUUUAGUUUUUACCUCAUAACUGCUGUAGAGACAAGGAGACGCCGCCGCUGGACGUCUGCUGAACUGUGACUCUUCCACGGAGCUGUGGACAGAUAUGAUUGACAGAUAUGAUUCAUGAGACGUUGAUCCAGUUAGAUUUCAGUUCUCAGAAGGUCAGUGGAGAAAGUUUGAUCAUCAGCUGAUCUGUGAGUUUCUUUAUUUUUAUUUUCUAUCUUGUGCACUGGUGUGUUUAUGGACGCUGAUGAUUUCCUUCAGGUACGAUUCUUUCACUUCCUGUUUCCUCUUGGAGCAGUGACGGGGCUCCACUCGUCAGAGUCACUUCCUGCUUCCUGUUUCUUCUCUUUUCAAGUUCCUCAUGAAAACUUGUUUUCUUUAAUUCGACACAGUUCUCAGUUUUUCUAUUUUUUACAGUGUACAGUCUUUUUAUCAUUUUCUUUUGCCUAGAAAAACAAACGUGACACUUUCAUUUUUCUCAAGUUCCACGUUAACGUCUGGAUGAUGUUUAUUGUUUGAUAUGUAAUAAUAAUGUUUUAUAUGAGCAGCUGAGGUUUCUUCAUCCUCGUGGAUCAAACUGGAUCUUUGUGGUUCUCAAAACAUGAAUCAGAUCAUAAACACAACAAUAUAUAUACAUUUAUUUUUUAUACUCUUUACUUCAACUUAAUGAAUAAAUGGUUUAUGACACAGUGUGAUGUCGUUGGAAACAGACCAUCUAGUUUGUUACAGUUUCAUUCAUCAUGUUUCUAUAGUCGUGUUCACAGCUGUUAACAGAUACAUUAAUAAUUACAUUAUAAUGUGUCAUAAACCAUUUAUCAUGUGUUUACAUGCGUGGACGGAGGGAAUGAGCAGAAACCGUAAAGACGAUCUUCAUGUUGUUUUCAAAUCUCUUCAUAUUUCAUAUCAAUUUCUUUCUCCGUGUCUCCACGAGCAACAAUAUUUCAGAAAAGUUUUUGGCUCCUGACACUCACACGCAUAAAUUAGAAUAUUAAUACGUUCAUCUCAAGCUGCAGUUUCAAUUUACUGAUUGUUGAAGUUGUUUACGCAGCAAAAAUGUCUGGAAGUGAAUUUAAUAAAUCUUCACUUUCCGUCGGUCGACGGAUUUAUGGAACAGAUUCAACAAAGCUUUUAUUUAGAGGAUUUCAUAUUUUGGGUUUGAUCCCACUUCACUCCCGACGUGCCUCACAGAUUUGAUUUAAUGUCCGGCGCAGAAGAGAAGAGAUGAUUUAUAUUUUUAUACGCAGGUUCAGAAACACUCCUCUUCCUCCUCGGGUCAUCAAACUCCUCAGGGUGUCAAACAAAAGCGAGAGGUCGACGACCUCGGAGCUCCGAGGUCACGUCUGUACGUGAGCCGCUCUGCGCUCGGCUCGUUGUCCAGGAGACGAGAACGUUUACACGGUUCCGCUGGAUUCUCUGAGCUGACGACGAGACGAUGCACAGAGUGACUUCCUGUCUGAGCACAAAAAAAAGUUAUUCUUUCUGUGUUACAAGAAAAUCACCAGGGACUUUUUAUUAUUUUUUUAUUAUUUCUGCCUCUUCUUGUCGACUCUGCUGCUCAGAUCUAAUUAUAGAAACUGUUUUUUUUUUCUGACUGAAAAAAAGGGAAAUAUUAAUAAAUAACUGAUUGUUGUUAAAUUUGAAGCAUGAUUCUGUUUUGGUGUUUGAUGCAUCAGAUAAGAAAUGAGUCGUAAUCACUGGAGAUUAUUCACAAACUGUUCUUUUUGAUGCCACGUAUGAUUGUCUGAACUUCAUCCUCAUCACGCCUGUGAACGUUCAGUAACUCCUGACGGUUCUGGUUCAUGGUUGUAAUUCGCACAACGAACACAAAGUGUGUGAGUCCUUCUGAGUCACAGUCGAGUUCUUCAUCUUGUGUUUCCUCGUGGAGUCGCAGGUUGUUUUACACAUUUCAGUUCACGUGUUUCGUUUCAUAUCAGCUGAUGAACUGUUCGACGUCAUCACGUCGUUUGUUUCCACGUGAGACUGAACCAACAGGUCGAAGGUCAAACUGUGGUUUCUGAUUUCCGCUGGUCGUUGGACGAGUCGUCGCCGUCGACCCGUGUGUCUGAUGUCAAAGACUUUCUGAAGUUUUCCGCCUUAAAGUUCAGUCGGUGGACGUUUGACGUCACUGACGUUUGGUUUGUGUCUUUUAGUUUUUUGCUCCGCUAAUAAAGAAAAACUAAGGAAA